AUGGCUUCAACAAACGAAUCUUUUCAAAAUAAAAAUAUAACAAUAAUUGAUGUCUGGAGACAUAAUCUUAUUGAAGAAGGUGCUAAAAUAUGUCGGAUUAUAAAAGAUUAUAAUUAUGUUGGUAUGGAUACAGAAUUUCCAGGAGUUGUAGCAACACCAGUUGGACCAUUUAGAAAAAAAGAAGAUUUUAAUUAUCAACAAGUUUCAUGUAAUGUUAAUAUGCUAAAACUUAUACAAGUUGGUUUAACAUUUAUGAAUUUUAAAGGAGAACUUCCUCCUGGAAAUCCUGUUUUCCAAUUUAAUUUUGUUUUUGAUCUACAAGAUGAUAUGUAUUCAACAGAAUCUAUUGAUCUUCUUAACAAUUGUGGGAUCAAUUUUUCUAAACACAAGGUGAACGGUAUAUCUAUGCAUGAAUUUGGUGAACUACUUACUACAUGUGGAUUGUUAACGGAUAGAAAUAUUAAUUGGCUCACAUUUUCUUCUGGAUAUGAUUUUGGUUAUCUUUUUCGUGCUGUUCUUACCCGUCAUUUACCAUCAGACGAAAAGGAGUUUUUUAGGCUUUUACGUGGACUUUUUCCUACAAUAAUUGAUAUCAAAUGCCUUCUUAUGCAACCUGGUCCAAUGAGUGUUAAUCUUCGAGGAGGAUUACAAGAAGUAGCAGCAAUGCUUCACAUUGAACGAUAUGGUGCACAGCAUCAAGCAGGUUCUGAUUCUCUUUUAACGGGGAAUGCUUAUUUCGCUUUAAGGGAAAAAUUUUUUAGUGAUAAUUGGGAGGAAAUAUUUGAAACAAUAAAUGGAGAAUUAUACGGAUUAGGUAAUACACUUUCAAAUGAAAAUUCUAGUACUGGACCAUAUAGGCCAACACCUGAAAAUGGAAAAAGAAAUGGAGAAGUAUAUUUUAACUCACCUUUUCACAGCAACAAAAGAGAUUCACCUGCUUUUUACUAG